CCUGCAUGAGUUUGAUCGGACGAUUUGGCGGGAUGUUGGUUCGUUCGUGAUCGGGUUUUGCGAAUGGUGAUCGGAUCUGAGUGGAGAGAUGGCGGGAAAUGGGUGAACUGGAGGAGUGGCGGGGAAGAGGAGCAGGUUACGGUGCGUACGGGUCGCGCCAAGCAGGGGAAGAAGAAGAAGAAGAAGAAGAAGAAGAAGAAGAAGAAGAAGAAGAAGAAGAAGAAGAUGGAUUCAAGGAGGUGGCGAACGGAUGGGGGAAGAUCGCCAUCGCCCGUGGGAGAAGCAGGGGAGGAUGGCGGGAGAAGGGAGAUAGUUUUGGGAGCUGACGGUGGAUCGGCUGACCGGUUGAGAUCCGAUCAGCGAGGGAGUUCCGUGACUCCCAGGCGGGAAGAUCUGAGUUUAUACCCCCCAGAAGCAAGUGGAGGAGAUUGGCAGUCGCACCCCUCAGAAGGAAGGGGGGGAAUAGAUCGGAGUUUAUACUCCCCAGAAGGAAGGAUUGGGGGGGAGGGCACACCGCUGCUUCUUUCGCCAGGAUCGGGUUAUGCCCCGAGUCCCCAUACGCGAGGUGCGUACUCACCUAGUCCGGCGAUGAGCGGGGUCGGGAUCGGGGUUGCCACGUCACCGUACUCAUCCAAAGCGCCGACCCCGCGGCGUGGGGAGAGCAUCCCGGAACGGCGCGGAUCAGAGAGAAGUCCGGCGGUGUCUGCGCGGCCGAGCCCUGCCGGCGGUCCUUACGCUGCCACCCCCCGACAGUACUCCGGUGGCUUAGGAGAGUCCCCUUUCAGUCCAUCGGAUGGCUAUAGAGGAGGAGGAGGGGGAGGAAGGGGGAGGGAGGGGAAGAGUCCGACGACUCACGUCGAACAGCAAGAAAUCCAGAUGGCUAGUGGCGGCGGUCGCGAUCCCGAUUAUGGCGGCUAUGGUCCGACGGCCGACUAUGGACCUACGCCUACAGGGGGUCAGUAUGAGACCGAGCACGAAGAGGAAGAAGAAGGAAGUGACGAUCACAAAAGAGCUUUGCUGUCAGGGAAAGGGAGCGAGCGUCGGGCUGAAGGAAGGGGGGGAGACGAGAGACGGGGAGGUGGGGGGUCUGUGAGGGGCCCGAAGACUCCUGUUGCAUAUGGAGGAGGGGAUGGUAGAACAUCCGAUGAUGGUGGGAGAGAUUCCUAUGGUACUACACCCUCUCGAGGAAGAUAUCCUCCGUCUGGGAGAAGAGAAUCCUUGCCAAGUGGCACAGAAGAGGCAUCACCCAUGCGCAGCGCGGCGUCGAUGGGCGUAGUAGUGCAGUCCCCUCCGAGCGUUGGGCGGCGAAGCUCCGGCGGCGGCGGCGGAGGAGGAGGAGGAGGGAGGAAAACCCCACAGCUCAACAGCAACGUGCCCGAUGGGAUAGCAGGAUGGGUCGAUCGUCACGACUCACCCCCACCCGUUUAUCUGGAUCCCUACGAGACCCACGCGGUUGAAGCACGUCCGUACAACAUUUUGCCGUUGGAAGGACAGGCAGACCACUCGGAAAUCAUGAGCUUGCCUGAGAUCAGAGCUGCAAUUGAUGGUAUCCAACUGCAAUCCGGUGCUCCGGUCCCUCCGAAUUUCCGACCAACAACUAGAGGACGCGAGGAUAUCAUGGAUUGGUUGAUGGCAUGGUUUGGCUUCCAGGAAGACAAUGUGCGGAGCCAAAGGGAGAACCUUGUGUUGCUGCUAGCCAACAUGCAUGCUCGGGUCCCGCCGGGCAACGACCAACACCCAUCCGAGCUUUCAACAAGAGCCGUGGAGCAGUUGUAUGAGAAGGUUGUGAAGAAUUACAGGUCGUGGUGUGAGUACCUCCGGAUACCUGACAACUUGAGGCUGCCUGAUGUUAUCACUCUGAAACCUGAGCGGCAACUGCUCUUUACCGCCCUCUAUCUGCUGAUAUGGGGUGAAGCUGCCAACUUGAGAUUCCUUCCAGAGUGCCUCUGUUACUUAUUCCACCAUAUGGCCCUGGAAGCUGUGAAGCUCAGAAAGGAUCAGGACCCAACGUUUGUACAUGGAGUCUCUGAAGACUUCCGUCCUGUGUCAUUUGGCGAAAAUGGAUUCCUUGUGAAAGUGGUCACUCCUAUCUACACCGCUGUGUAUAGGGAAGCGACGUGCAGUAACAAUGGCAGGGCACCUCAUGCAGCGUGGAGGAACUAUGAUGACUUCAAUGAGUUUUUCUGGAGUUAUCGCUGUUUCAAAGAGCUACAGUGGGAGCCCAAUGGAUUGAAUCUUGCAUCGGACUUCUUUGUUCCCCCAGAUUCAUACAAGCCAAAGGAUGGUGAGCAAGUCCCGAAGAGGAGUACACUCUUUCGGGAGGGGAAGUGUGGAUUUGUCGAAAGACGAAGCUUCUGGAACAUCUUCCAUAGCUUCUCAAGGCUUUGGGGCUUCUUGAUCAUUAUGUUUCAGGUACUGGUAAUCGUGGCAUUCAAUAGUGGAUCGAAUCCCCCCUGGAAACAAGUUUCGAAAAGCGCUCGGACUGUUCUUGCCAUGUGUAGUAUUUUCAUUACUGCGUCGGCGCUGAGCUUUUUGCAAGCUGCACUGGACAUUUUACUUCAGUUCCCAUUGCUGCGAACGUGGCCUUUUACGACUUCACUGCGGUCAAUUGCAAAGCUUGUAACAUCAGCAGCGUGGACCAUUGCCUUUUCCAUAUUAUUUUCGGUGACGUGGAAUCGUAGAGAAGACUUGAGCGGACGGCCAUAUAACGAACAGCUUCGGGUGUUGUUUACAACUGGAUUCAUUCCAGUAGCUGCUGCUUACCUCAUCCCUACUGCUGGUGCGGUUGUGUUCUUCUUCUUGCCAUGGGUUCAGCAAUCUCUUGAGAAGAGCAGGCAUCGAUUUGUACAUUUGCUUCUUUGGUGGUUCCAGGUGCAGUUCGGUUGGCAUGUACACGGCAUAGCCUCUUCUCCGAACACCAUGAAGGGAUGGUAUGGGAUUUUCUGGGCGAUCCUUCUAGCUGCAAAGUUGGCAGUGAGUUACAAACUCCAGAUCCAACCGCUAGUCGAGCCGACGAAUGUGCUCUUGAAAACAGAGCUGCAUUAUUAUUACACAUCUGUUUUUCCAACCCGUAAAAAUGUUACUGCUUUGAUUUCAUUGUGGGCACCUGUGAUACUGGUGAUGGCGGAGGGAGCGGAUGUAUUGGACGAAGCAAUCCGUGGGACUGGUCUGGCGGAGGUGACAGAAUUGUUCGAGGUAGUCAUCGAUGGUUUUUUGGGGGUGGAAGGUGGCAGUGAGAAGGUUGGCCCAUUGGAGGAAGGAGUGACGUGGUUCUCCGGAGGCUCGGCGGUUGUUGACUUGAGCCAUCCACCAGAUGGCGACAUUGCCGAGGAGGUGGGAGGUGGCAAUUGGGAGCCAGUGGGCAAGGGGCAUGUGGUGGAGGCGAAAGGAAGUUCUGGAGCUGGGUUAGGAAGAGGAAAACGUCCUCGUGGGGAGGCCGGAGAAGGACAUGAUGUCGACGGAUCGAAAGGAACGGGGGAUUUCCCCGUCGUGGGGAACGAUCCGGGCGAGGGUGUUGAAGCUGAGGUUAUCGGGGGUGGUGUCGUAGCAAGUGUGGUAGGAGUGGAGGAGGUGGGCGGGGGGGUGUUGCUGGAGGCGGCUGUGGAGGAGGGAGUGGUUUGCGCUGUGAAGGAGGGAGUUGCGGUCGUGGUGACGACCGUGAUGGAGGGGUUGUCCACUUCGAGCGUGGUGACACGGUCGGAUAUGGAGGACAUGGUGGCUUUUAUGUCGUCGAGAGAGGCGGUGACGAAGGACGAUGAUGACGUGGCGACGACGAUCUCGACGAUGACGAUGAUAACGUGCCACGCGAUGAUGGCGAUGAUGAAGCCAGCGGCAUUGGUGAGUUGCCACGUCAGCAGGCCACGUCAGCAGGCCACGUCAGCAGGCCAUGUCAGCAGGUCACGUGAGCAGACCACGUCAGCAGGACAUGUCAGCAGGACAUGUCAGCAGGACACAUCAGCCGACAGCCGUGCCACGUCAGCAGCCGAGCAGUACCACGUCAGCAGCAGGGAGUGCCACGUCAGCAAUCCUCCGGCCUGGUCGAUGCUCAUGCGCUUACAAACAGCCGGCAUGGAUCAAAAGUUCGGGCAAAUGGCGAAGGCCUAUCAGGCCCGGAAGCUGGCUUUGAUUACCGAAGCCAAGAAACGGGCGGAAGAGGUAGCAGCCGCAGAGAAAAAGAAGGCAGAGGACGCCAAGAAGGCACGUCCGUUGGCAAUCGAACAGCAGCGUCAGCAAGACGAGGCACCACCAAGGGCUGCAGAUGAAGAACGAAGUCAACGACACGAGAAGAUAUUCAACGGAGAGCGAGCCGUGCUCACAAUGGCAGCGGACUGGCGGGCCGAGGACGAGAAUGGUAAGAUGGAAGAGAGUGAAAGCAAGAUCGCUCUACUCCUCUCCCAUUUCACGGAUCUCCUAGCCACGUGCAUUGCACAACAGGAGGACAUCCAGAACCGCGACGACGCGGUUCAGACGCACAACCAGUCGUUUGAUCAAGUCAACAGCAGCCUCCAGCAGCUGGAGCAACAACCCGUUGCCGUCCCCGAUGCUAGCUCCUCCAAGACCUCUGAUCGCCUCAAUGCAUUGAAGAUCGACGUCGGAACCCUCAAGGACGACGCGCAACUACAGCAAACCGCCACGCAACAACCGGAGCAGCGGAUCUGUGAUACCGUCGCCACACCGAGUUCGGCACCGUGCGAGACGACUCCAAAGUUCGAUGGUCAGGAGAUCUUCUGCGAUUCGACGACGACGGACCCGAUUCCAUGGUUCCUCAAGUUCGAGCUCAAGUUGCAGCUACACCACGCCAGCGAGGACAAGCAUCACACUUACUUAUACUCCCGGUCAGGGGGGCGCGUUCCAAGCAUGGUUGGACAAUCUCUUUCCAAGUACGGGGUGGUAGCUUCCGACUUGUACAUCAAGAUCAACGGGAAUGAUCUAAAGGCGGCGUGGCAUAAACGGUUCCAAGACUAUGCUGCCCGGCUUGUUCAUACGCUGGGUACUAAUGCUCAAGGACAAGACAUGCGUGCGACAUCUUCUCCGUCCGUCAACAGCGACUUAUCGUCUUCAAGUGGUUCUUCACGGGACUCGGCGCGCAAGUUCAACAUAGAGGUCUUGGACCCGCUCACGUCGGAGGAUUUCGCAUGCCUUCCUCUCCUGACCACGGGCCGCUUGGCGGGACCACAAUGCGCAACAUUAUGCGCUCAUCUUCACAUGUAUCUAUCCUUCUAUGCACCACCAAGUUCGCCGAUGGAUGACGAAGUCGAGGUGGGGGACAUCUUUGCGUAUGUUACCAAGGUGGCCCGCGAGUUUCGCAAGCAGCAGUACGAUGACAACAACGCAUCGCUCCUCUAUGUCUGCAUCCAAGUUCGGCAAGCGUCCUGCAACGCUUUACUGGAUAGCGACGCGUCUCGCAAUUUCAUGAGCCAAGCCUUUAUGCAAAGGGCUGGCCUUGGCGCACAAGUUCAGAGGAAGGCAAACCCGACGACGAUCAAUUUGGCGGUCGGAAGGACGCAGCAACUUAUCGACCACUACAUCGAGGCCGUACCGGUUUACCUUAUGGAUAUCCAGCUUUGGUUUUCUGUCCUUUCAGCAUUCGUUGGGAAAAUUUCAGGCCUCCUAGAACGCAUUGGGGAGGUUAAUACGCUGGACAAGCUGGCAAAGGGUUUCCAGAGAAUUCCUGGGUUAUUUACAAGAAAGUGUUUGCCUCAACCGACUCUAUCAAGGUCAGAAGGAUUCCAUCAAUUUUGGAGGAAACUACGGAGAACUCCCUCCCACCUCGCAGAGAAAAAACAAAGGGAAAUCAGUGAGACUGUGAAGUUUGCACAACUUUGGAAUGAGAUGAUCACUAGCUUGAGGGAAGAGGAUUAUAUCAGCAACAGUGAGGAAUGCCUUCUGCGGGUGCCCAAGAAAGCUUGGAAGGAGGCUGGCGUGAAGCAGUGGCCGCUGUUCUUCUUGAAUAACAAGCUAUACUGUGCGAUGAUCAAGGCACAGGAGGGUAACGCCGAUGGGUGGUCAGACAGGCGGGUUUGGAAGAAGAUCAGAAGAGACCCAUACAUGGCCUGUGCAGUACUGGAGGGGUAUGCAAGUUUAAAGGAGAUUCUUCUUCACCUUCUCAUAUCAAGGGAAACUGAUUUCAGGGUAGUUUCUGGUAUUUUUUCAUAUGUUGACGCAACAGUUGCUGCUGAGGACUUCACUAGGAACUGCCAUCGCUUUUUCCCGACGGUCUAUGAUAAGGUUCUUGAGCUUAUGCAGCUCCUGGAUGAACCUGAGAAGAAGGAAAACAAAGCGAAGGUCACUGAUGUUUUGCAGUCGCUUUAUGAGAUCUUCUCCUCAAUAAAGGACAUUAAUAAACAAGAGGAUAUGCAAUCCAGAACUACCGAAGAGCGAAAAAGGUUGUUUUUUGACAUUAACUAUCCACUUGACAGACACGCACCUGCUGCAGCACAGAUCCCACGUUUCCGUACGAUGUUGGCCACUAAGGAUCCAAUUGUGAGUGUGCCAGCUAACAGUGAUGCACAGAGGCGGAUACUCUUCUUCUGCAACUCAGUCUUUAUGAGCAUGCCUGAAGCACCUGAAGUCCGCAAAAUGCUGCCUUUCUGUGUGUUGACACCAUACUACAAUGAAGACGUCAUGUACUCGGAAAAAAAGGUGAAAGAAAUGAAUGCUGACGGCGUUUCCAAUCUGUUCUAUCUACAGAAGAUUUACCCAGAUGAAUGGGUCAACUUUGGGGAGAGGAUGGGUGCAAUCAAUAAAGAAAUGAAGAGGGAGAAAUGGUCGAACUUGUCAUCAGAUGAGGCCUGGGCCUCGAUGAAGACUAUGAACAAGGAGCAUAAGUUGCGGGAGUUUGUCUCGUACCGAGCACAGACGUUGGCACGAACAGUUCGUGGGAUGAUGUACUACCACAAAGCACUUCAGCUUCAGGCAUUUUUGGACGAAGCUACAGAUGAUGGUGAGGCCACUUUUUGUUUAUUUGAUUCAUCUAGUUCCAUAAUUGCAUCUAGACUUGAACCUGGGACUGUGUUUCAACAGUUCAUGGGUGUACCAAUUGAGUCAGGAUGGUGAGGUCACUUCCUUCGUCCUUGGGUUUAGUAAACUUUAUUUUUGUUG